AUGGAUGGUGCGCGCGUGCUAGGGGCUGGAUUUCUUCCUCCACCUUCUCUCCGGGCGGCGGCGGCUGCGGCUUGCUGCCCAGGCCUUAAGCUGAACGGGACCGAAGCCGGGGGACGCCUCGCCAAGCUCGGGGACCGAGCGGCCGCGCGCUCGGGAGCCCCAGGAGGAACGGCCGGGGCAUUGGACACGCUCCCAGCCCACAGGAAGGCCCGGGUCCGGAGAGAUCGGCACCCGGAGAAGGGGGGCGGGGAGUGCCGGAAUGGAAAGGAAUUUACUGGGAAUUUCCUGAUUCCGCCCCCGGCCCCGCCCCGCGCGGCACGACCCGGCGGACCCCUGCCCUGCCGGAGCCAGGUUUCUGGCAAGCCAUCGGCGCUCCGAAGCCGCACAGCUUUCCCGCCUCGCCGCGGGCUCCUUUGCCGCCCUCCCUUGGGCUCAGGGUCUCAGUCGCUCAGCUCCCCGGGUUCCGCUGCGGGUUCCCGCGGGCUGGCAGGGCCGAGCUAUCCUUAUACACACCUGGGCAGCACCCUAAUAGCUCUGAGCGAUCUACCUAUUCCACGCCCCCUCAACACACACCGCAGACCCGAUGGAGAAACUGAACUUCGGAGAGAUGAGCGUAAAAGGGGGACUUAUCGGGUUCUCAGAGCUCCACAAGCCAACCUUGUAACCUUAUGCCUGACAAACAAAGCCUUAUUGUUAUUGGAGGAAGGAGGGCAAGACCGAAGAAACACCUUUAGGUUGGUGGAGCCUGCCUGCUCCUCCUCCCUCAGGCCUAGAAAGAGGCGGAUCCCCCCAGUGGGCUCCCCCGAGAGCUCCAGGGCUGAAGAACAGGAGCCAGGGGCCUCCAGGAGCAUCUGCACAGAGUAGUGUUUGAUCCGUGUGUGCCCCUGAAGGAUGGCUGGGUGUACUGGGAAAAUUCAACUGACAGUUCAGAGGUGACUGAAGGAGUUAGAAAGGGCCAUGAAUUGGGUUACCUGAAAGGCCAACAGAUGGGAAAGUUGGAAAAAGUGCCUGUGACUCCCAGGGGAGCCAGCUGAUGCUGUGGGAAGCAGAUAUGGGUGACGUGUCACUCCCUGCACCAUUAGUCCAUCUCGCACAUUUAUAAAAGUGUCCCCGGUCAGCACUGUGCCCUCCACAAGUCCCUGGCUGACGAAGCACUGCUUCUGAGCCAUGGAGACAGCAGAUUUAUAGACUGUUUUAUAUCCACUUGUAAACUAUGGCUCUAAACCUGAUAUUGAGGGUAAUGAUGGUGCGGUAGCCAUUCAUUCUCUCAAUAAAUAUUUGUGGAGCCCCAUCCAUGUGUCAGGAGAUGUGCUAGAUGUUAUGUAUCUAGAGAUGAAAAAGACACACUCCUUGCCCCUGGCAGUCCAGCAGAGACACACAGAAAUAAAAAUAUACUGCAAGGAGAUAGAUAGUUCCCCAGCCAGGGGACUGUAGAGGUAGAGAGGAUGAAUUUUGAACCCAGCAUAGGAAAGGAAGCUCCAGGUAUCACUUUUUGGAGGAGGGGAAAUUCAAGUGAGUCUUUAAGAACAAGAGUCAGCCAGACAAAGAGAAGAGUGGGAGAUUAUUCCAGGCAGAAGGAACAGUGUGAGCUAAUACAUGGGGGCAGGAAGCUGUAUGGUAUAAAAGGAAUGCUAGCGUUACAACAUGGCUAGACCAGAAAUUCAAGGCCAGGAGGGGCAAGAGACAGGGCUGGAGAGGUGGACAGCAGCCAGACAGUGAAGGCCUUCUCUGCCACAUGAUGUGAGGGUCUGAGGGGAAUAAGGCUGGCUGGAAGCUGUGACAACCAGUUGCAAAGGAGUUGUAAUAAUCCAGGUAGUGCUGGAACCAGAAGUGCUCUAAGAAUGUCCAGAGUCAGCUGUCCAGUAAGCAGGUGAUGGCACAGCCCUGACUUGAGGGGAAACAGAAUCUGAGAGUCAUCUGACUAUGGAUAGCAUGGACACCAUGAGGGACUCCAGGGAGAAUGCCUCAGUGGAGCUAAGAGUGCCCAGCUGAACCCAGAGGAGCAGGACUUAGAAAGGAACUGUAAAGAACAAGGACCCCUGGGGGAGACAGGAAAUGGGCCACAGAAGCACAGGAAGCCUGGACAACAUGGUGUCAUGAAAAUCCAGAAGGAAACAUCCAAGUGAGGGACAUCGGCAACAUCAGAUAUGGCAGAAGAGCCUGGAAAGUAAGGCCUGAAAAGUUGUCUCUGAAAUCAUGCAGUAUGCGUACUUUGGUUUCUGAAUUUUUCACUAAGUUUAAUGUCUGUGAGAUUUGUUUAUGUUGUCGCUUGUAUCAGCAGUUGAUUUUUUUUGUUUGUUUUCUUCCUGUGUAGUAUUGCAUUGUAUAAGUAUAUGCUGAGUAAUUUACCUAC